GGCCCCUCCCCAAACCCACCAUCUGGGCUGAGCCAGGCUCUAUGAUCCCCUGGGGGAGCCCCGUGACCAUCUGGUGUCAGGGGACCCUGGAGGCCCAGGAGUACCAUCUGCAUAAAGAGGGAAUCCCAGGGUCCUGGGACAGACAGAAGCCACUGGAGCCUGGGGACAAGGCCAAGUUUUCCAUCACAAGAAUGACACAGCAUUAUGCAGGGAUAUAUCGCUGUUACUAUCGCAGCCCUGCUGAGUCAGAGCGCAGUGACCCCAUGGAGCUGGUGGUGACAGGAUUCUACAGCAAACCCAGCCUCUCAGCCCUGCCCAGCCCUGUGGUGACCUCAGGAGGGAACGUGACCCUCCAGUGUGGCUCAGGGCAGGGAUUUGACACAUUCAUUCUGACUAAGGAAGGAGAUCACAGGCUCUCCUGGGCCCUGGACUCACAGCGACAGCCCAGUGGGCAGUUCCAGGCCCUGUUCCCUGUGGGCCCUGUGACCCCCAUUCACAGGGGGAUAUUCAGAUGCUAUGGUUGUUACAGGAACAGCCCUCAGGUGUGGUCACACCCCAGCGAUGCCCGGGAGCUGCUGGUCUUAGGUGAGGCCCCCUCACCCUGUCUGCUGGGCGCUCAGCUCAGAGUUUUAUCCCCAGAAGAAUUAUGGGCUGAAAGGGAGUGA